CAGCGCCCAGAGCUCUCUGCUAACCCGGAAAUGGAGAGUCAGAACUGAAAAAUAGCCGGGAAGUGAACUUUGUCGACAGAGUUGUGAAGUUUCAGAAUAUAGUCAACAAUUCAUGCAUAUUUAUUUACUUCUCUUUGUCAACCAGCCGCCAUGGAUGAAUAUGAUGAACUCUUUGAAAUUGAAGACAACUUCGAGGAGCAGUUCGCCGAUGAGUUGGACGCUUUGGCCCAGUUGGACGAUGACAUUUCCAAGCCAGCAAAGCGUCCGAGGCAGAAUGCAGGCGAUGACACAUCCGACACAGAACACCCGAUCACUCCAAAGGUAAAGCGCCAAAAGCAGGACGCGGGUGUAGUGAAGCGACUUUUCAACUCGUCGCGGAGUGAUGACAUCACACCGCCACCCUCCCCAGAGCAAUACGAGGCACCCGGCGUCGUCGUCGGGUCUUCCUCAAACGCUCUGGAUGUCAGUGGCUUUGCUGCGAUCUCCGAGUCUCCAAGGCGACCUGCGGCCGUGGCGACCCAAUCGCGUGUUCUGAAGAGGCCGCCGCCAGAAGGUGACUUCGUCACAGUCACUGACUCAACGGGGAGUCGCGUCUAUCUUCGCCAGAAGGACACAGACACAAACAAGGUGGCAGAGGGCAGAAUGUUACCCGACUCCCAGGGUUCCUUGGGGCUUCUGGCCGUGCCGAUAGGUGUGCUGAGAGAGCAGGAGGCAGAGCGGCGCCACCUGGAGGUAGUAGAGGAGUCUCAGCGCCUCACAGAGGUUUUAGCUAGCAGUGUCAAUGAUGUAGAGGAUGAAGAGGAGGAUGCAGAAGACUCAGAAGGUCGAAGCUGCCGCCUCUGGGUUGACCGCUUUUCUCCCCGGCACUACACCGAGCUGCUCAGCGACGAUUUUACCAACCGCUGUCUGCUCAAGUGGCUGAAGCUGUGGGACACAGUCGUCUUCGGGAGAGAGAGGAAGGCCCGCCCCGUGCGGCCCGACAGACAAGCGCCCGUCCAGACCUCUUUCAAACCUAAUCAGGCCAAUCAAGCCAACCCCAAUCGCUUCAAGACCAAGAUGGAGAUGACUGAGGAGGUCCUGGAGGCUGAGUUGGACCAGUACAAACGACCCAAAUUUAAGGUGGCGAUGUUGUCCGGCCCUCCGGGUUUGGGAAAGACCACCUUGGCUCACGUUAUUGCCAAGCACGCCGGGUACAACGUGGUGGAAAUCAACGCCAGUGACGACCGCAGCGCGGAGGUGUUCCAGAAGCGCAUCGACACGGCCACGCAGAUGACGUCGGUCCUGGGAGCCAACGAGAGGCCAAACUGCCUCAUUAUUGAUGAGAUUGACGGAGCACCUGCAGCUGCCAUCAACAUUCUAUUAGCGGCCCUGAACAGGAAGGAUGGACACAGCAGCGACGCCACCACCGAGUCUACAAAGAAGAAGAAGAAGAAGGAGACUAUUCUUCUGCGACCAAUCAUUUGCAUCUGUAACGACCUGUAUGUUCCAGCUCUGCGAGCUCUGAGGCAGCAGGCCUUCCUCCUGACCUUCCCCCAGACUCAGCCCUCCCGUCUGGCUCAGAGACUUGCAGAGAUCUCUGUGCGACAGGGGAUGAAGGCGGACACGGGCACGCUGGUGUUGCUGUGUGAGAAGACGGACAACGACAUCAGGUCUUGCAUCAACACACUGCAGUUCCUGUUCGGUCGAGGGCACAAGCACCUGGACAGCAGCACCAUCCAGCGUGUGUCUGUGGGCCAGAAGGACCAAAACAAAGGCCUGUUCCACCUGUGGCAGGAGGUCUUCCAACUACCACGCAACAAACGGAAACGUAUGGGCGAGAGGUUUGAGGACGAGCCAGGCUCAGGAGGUGGAGGACAGAGAUUUCAGCACAUUCUUCACCUGGCCUCAUCUAGUGGAGAAUAUGAAAAGGUUUCUCAGGGUCUGUAUGACAACUUCCUGUCCAUGAGGGUGCGAGAUCCCAACCUGCAGAGCGUGUGCGACGCCCUGGACUGGAUGGGCUUUUCUGACAGGCUGAACCGAGUCAUCCUGCACGGCCAGAACUUCUCACUCAUGAAGUACCUGCCUUUCCUGUCUGUCGCCUAUCACUUCCUGUUCGCCCACCCCCACGUGCCGCGCAUCACCUACCCACAGAGCCACCACGAGGCGUCCUCUCGGCUCCUCAGCAGCAGGAACGCUGUGUCCAGCAUGUUGGCCGACAUCCCGCCAGGCAUCAGGACCAGGAUCAGCCACCUCAACCUCACCCUGGACGUUCUCACGCUGCUCCUCGACAUCAUCUGCCCCAAACUGCGGCCUGUCAACCCCCAGCUGUUCAGCAGCAGAGAGAAGGAGCAGAUGUGCGAUCUGAUCGACACCAUGUUGGCCUACAACCUCUCCUACCGCCAGGACCGCACGCCUGAGGGCCAGUACACAUAUGUCCUGGAGCCGCGUGUGGAGGAGGUUGUGAGGUUCCCCGGCCUGCCGCCGCGCCGCCAGCUGACCUACCAGGCCAAGCAAACCAUCAGCAGGGAGAUGGAGCAGGAGAAGAUGAGGCGCGCCGAGCACGCCAUGCUACUGAGGAACCCCACAGCGAGAGAGGAGAAAAAAAGCAGUGGUCCCAAGCAGAACAAAAACCAUCAGCAGAGGUUGGAGAACAUCGUUAAACAGACCACAGUGGAACCCAAGCCGGAGAUGGAUUUCUUUGGCCGAGUGGUCGCACCAAAACCUGCCAGAGUGCCCACGUCAGACACAGGCGAGAAGUGUGCCGUGCUGCGAAUGGGGAAGGCAGUGGGCGACAGCGACGUGUGGUUCCGCUUCAACGAAGGCAUGUCCAACGCCGUGCGGAGGAACGUUUACAUCCGGGAACUUUUGUAAGGUCCCGCACACAUCACAGCUCUUUGCUUCUGUAGUC